UCUUUCUUAAUGGAAAACUAAUUAUGUAACGGUCAUCAAAAAGUGCCAUAUUAACUGUAACUAACUUGCAUUGCAUGAUCAUAUAAGACUGGGUGGAAAGGGUUUGUUAAGCAAUCAAACAUAAAACUGCCGUGCAAAUAUUGUAGAAUUGCUACAAAAUGUAUUAAUUUUGCAGGGGAGAGAGCCUGUGGCAAUAUGUACUUUGACAAUGCUCUUUCGGAACAAGAGACAUAUAAUCUGUCUGAAUUCUUGGACAAAAUAGCACCAAAUAUGUUGGCCUUCUUCAAUGUUAAAGGAUUUGAUAAUUUAAUUACUACACCAUAUGCAUUUAGGGAUAAACAACAAAGUAAUAUUGAUACUAUUAGGGAAAUACUAAGGCAAACAGCACACGAUUUAAAUACAAAGUUCAACAAAUCUUAUUACUAUGGGACCACCAGAAGUCUUCUAUUUAACUAUACUGGAAAUAGUGCAGACUGGGUGAAAGAAAAUUUAAAUGUACCUGUGGUAAUAACCUUCUACUUGACACACUAUGAUAAUAUUUUGCCAGAAGUAACAGAUAUUGGCCCAUUGCAUUUAGAACUAGCAAGGGGAAUAAAUGAAAUCCUUUCAUUCACUGCCAAUCUGUAUGGGCCACUAUUUAAUUAAUAAUAUGAAGAAAUACUUGCUACUAAUUUUUAUGAUUAUUAUUUCUGAUUGAGCAUAAGACAAUAUGAACAGUAAAUGUUUGACAUUCGCAUUUGAUCUUUAAUUUAAAUGAAGUAGUAACACAUCUUAAAUUUUAU